AUGGUAUACUCUCCUUUGGGUGUUACCUAUGGGUUCAGAUCCAAUUUAUUGUUAGAAUCUUUUGCAGAUUACCAUAAAUAUCAUAAAAAGGUUAACCAUAAGUUACAACAAUUGAGAGGCCGUUUAAAGUUGAUUUCCAAGGAUUCUAAGAACUAUAAGGGCCAGGAGAAACUUGAUAAGAUUACGCAUGAGGAUUACAGUAAGAAUCGGUUGUAUGGAUUCUUAAUGCUUUUGUUAGCAGAAAGAGAUGUGGCUUACGUAGAAAGUAUCAAGGCCACAGGUAGAAGCAGGGGCCACUUGAGGAGUCUUGAAUUGAAACUCAUGCGUACCAGGAUAAAGAAGGCCAAUAGGUACUGUGACAGACUUAUUUCAUUGUCUCAAGGUGAGGACAAGUGGCAGAUCCAAGCAGAAAUAAUGAUAUAUGAAAAGUUAAUCCGGACCGAAUAUGAGCUGUACGGUAAGAAACAGGUCAAAUUCUCCGAUGCAGAGAAGAUUUCUACCCAUCUAGCAUUAGCACUAGCUGCGGUCAACUUUUUAGUUGAUUCAAAGCUAUUGAAGGAAGGCGUGGCCGAUGCAGUGAAGAGCAAGUACCUGUACAUUUUCAAAGAGAAGGCCAAUGCCUUUUCUGUCAGAGAUCAACAAACCUAUAUUUCAAGAGUCAUACAGGCUAACCCGGAAGACCAACUUUUGCAAUUGUUACAAUCUCAUGGGUUCUCUUUCUCGGUUCCCGAAACUGACGCUUCAAAGAGUCAAUCCCGUGAGAUUUCAUGGAGAUCAUAUUCCGCAACGAUAGAAGACAGUAAAGUGUUUGAAGUGUACAGUGAAUUGGCUGAAUUGCACAACUCCAGCAAGCUUUCCAAUUUGAACGAUAAACUAUUUAAGUGGAACAGAGCCAUUGAUUUACAAAAAGAAUAUAUGACGACAUGCUCUGAAGAUGAUACUGACGAAAACAAUCAAAUUCUCUUGACUUAUCUACAAUACAAUGCCAUGGUAACCGGUGUAGAAAGAGACAGCAGCUUGUUCGAGAGUCUUUUGAAGCAAUGGGAAAGAUUUGACAAUAAGUCUUUUACGAGCAAGUUAAACAAGUACAAAGAAGUGGACCAUAUUAUCAAGAACUUAAAGAGUUUGUUAAGUCAGAUUAUGGAUCUACCGGGUGUUUACUCAGACAGCGACCUAACAAACCAAGUGUUCCUCUUGAAGACUUACUAUGAAACUUGUUUCACUUCCAAACUGCUAGCAAACAUAUAUCAAUCGAAGAAGAAAUACGUGGAAUCACUCGCCCUAUAUGUCGACUGCUUACAAAGAAUUGAAAACGCCGAAGAAUCCCUGAUAAACUGGGAUGAAAUCUAUCUACCAUCCCAGCUACUCUCGAAGGGGAAGAUCACAGACUUGAAGAAAUACAUCACUACCGGAUGGAGAUCUGUUGUUGCCCUGGCAGAGCACAAGAAAUCUAUGGAAAAGAACAAGAAAACCCGUCAAUUCGAACCAUCUCUAGUCGAGAUUUUGGAAAGCAAAGUGAGACCAAGUGACGUAUCCUUGGAUAACUUGUACCCACUCGCACCAAGACUUCUUCCAAUUCCUCCAAAACCUUUCCUCUACGACUUGGCUUACAACUACUUCAACAUACCAGAUUCUACCUCUGUUACAGAAGAGUCGGUAUCUUCAACUACUGCUGAGGCAAACCAAGACGAUGAACCCGUCAAGGAAUCGAAAGCACCAUCCAAGAAAGGUUUAUUCGGUCUUUUCAGAGGUUAA